AAGUAAGGCAGUCACUGCGCGCGGAGCAACACGUCUGUACUGGUCACGAAAGUUUUCCUGUGAAAAAAACGGGGAAAAAGUUUUUAGAUAUAAAAAAAAACCUUAAUAAUGUGUUGUUUUAAAUCUUAGCUUUGCACAGACAUUCGCCAGAAAGAGGUUUUAGCUGAAGUUUAGGCGUUUAACCCUGGAGAAUGGAGACUAGUAGGAGAUCAGUUACCUUCUGGACAUUGCUGAUGUCCUCCUGCCUCGUCACAGUGCAUGGACAGUACCAAGGAGAUCAUGGGAUCGCCGUGCCGGAUCAUGGAUUCUGUCAACCGAUCACUAUUCCUCUUUGCACAGACAUUGCUUACAAUCAAACCAUCAUGCCAAACUUGGUCGGGCAUUACAACCAAGACGACGCUGGCUUAGAGGUCCACCAGUUUUAUCCACUCGUUAAGGUACAGUGUUCUCCAGAGCUCAAGUUUUUCCUCUGUUCUAUGUAUGCGCCUGUCUGCACCGUUUUGGAAAAAGCCAUUCCUCCUUGUCGGUCUAUAUGCGAAAGGGCUAAGCACGGCUGCGAGGCACUUAUGAACAAGUUUGGAUUUCAGUGGCCGGAACGCCUAAAGUGUGAGAACUUUCCGGUGUUGGGAGACGGUCAAAUAUGUGUUGGGCAGAAUGAAUCGUCAGCCACCGUGGCACCCGUGCACAUGCCCGCACCAGGCACACCUGGGGUCCAUUUAUAUUCCACGCCAGAUAGGCCGUUCCGCUGCCCGCCGACCCUCAAGGUGCCAUCCUACCUUAACUACAAGUUCCUCGGAGAGAUUGACUGCGGCGCUCCGUGUGAGUCAUCCAGGACUCAUGGAGCCUACAUGUUCUUUACUGACCAAGAGAUUGAAUUUGCUCGUGUUUGGAUUCUAGUCUGGUCGUGUCUGUGCUGUGCAUCCACACUGUUUACGGUGACUACAUAUUUAGUGGACAUGCAGCGUUUUAAGUACCCUGAGCGCCCUAUCAUUUUCCUUUCCGGCUGCUACACCAUGGUGUCCAUCGCAUACAUUACUGGCUAUUUCCUUGGCGACAAAGUAGCAUGCAACGGAAGCUUCGAAGGCAGCUACAAAACAAUAGUCCAAGGCACAAAAAGGGAGGGCUGCACCAUCCUCUUCAUGAUGCUCUACUUCUUCAGCAUGGCAUCUUCUAUAUGGUGGGUUGUGCUGUCAUUGACAUGGUUCCUUGCUGCAGGGAUGAAGUGGGGACAUGAGGCCAUUGAGGCCAACUCACAGUACUUCCACCUGGCUGCUUGGGCCGUGCCGGCGGUGAAGACCAUCAGCAUUCUGGCCAUGGGGCAGAUCGAUGGCGAUGUUUUGAGCGGUGUUUGCUUCGUAGGCCUGAGCAACAUCGACCCCUUGCGUGGCUUCGUCCUGGCACCGUUGUUCAUUUACCUCUUCAUCGGCACUUCCUUCCUGCUGGCGGGAUUCGUCUCUCUGUUUCGCAUCCGUACAAUCAUGAAGCAUGACGGAACCAAGACGGAAAAGCUGGAGCGUCUUAUGGUGCGCAUUGGCGUCUUCUCUGUGCUCUACACGGUACCAGCCACUAUCGUCAUUGCUUGCUUCUUCUACGAGCAGGCUUUCCGUGGACACUGGGAACGCAGCUGGAUCAGCACACACUGCAAGACCCUGGCUAUCCCGUGUCCCAUGCAGCACGUGCCACGCAUGAGCCCCGAUUUCACCGUAUACAUGAUCAAAUACCUCAUGACCCUCAUCGUGGGCAUCACCUCUGGCUUCUGGAUCUGGUCUGGGAAAACGCUGCACUCGUGGAGGAAGUUCUAUACACGACUGACCAGCGGACAGCACGGGGAGACCACGGUGUAGAGUAAAGGACUUCAGACACUUCUAAAAACACACAUAAGGACACAGAGUGGAAAUGUUACUUUCUUGUAUUUUUCGGAGUAAUUAUUGACUGAACGCUUUUUUCAUUCACCAAGACAUGUGGAACUCGGUGCUUGUGCUUGUCAUCAGUAUUUCGUCGUUAUUGACAUUUGCUGUUGAGUAUCGUACGUCAUUUAUAAGACAUUUGGCGAAUGAGGAAAAUAGAAGUGUUGUUUUUUUAAAGUUGUUUGUUUGUUUUGUUUAUUUUUCUGCCUGCAAAUGGACGUGUUAAAAGAAACGCAAACGAUAACUUUCCAAAGGCUUUAUUAAAAAAAAAAAAAAAAAAAAAAAAAAGUGCUGUGACACUCCCUCGGCCAUUCCUUCUUGCUCUUCCUCCUCAACUCCUCAGGCAAGUUCAAGAUGCCAGCUGUGAAUCCUGCAGGCUUUAGAUGGAGGAAGGUGAGCCACGAAGGAGGAGGAGGAGCAGGAUUAGGAGAAGGAGAACGCCUUUUGGACUUCUUUUGGAAUUCUUUCUUGCAGCAAACUAUUUCAGAUGUGCUUGAAAGCACUGUAAAUAACAUUUGUACAAAAUAUAUAUAUAAAUAUAAUUAUAUAUUUGUAUUUAAAAGGA